GUGGUCAGCACGUUGCGAGCGGGAUAUAAAUACUGGCUCGAAGGCAGCCCAGACACAGACUGAUUCCAGUAGCGAGUCAAGUUGUACAUCUCUUCAACAUGCAGGUCCUGAAAGCCCUUGUCUUCCUCGCCGUAGUGGCUUGCUCCCUCGCCGUGUACACCGGAUUUGGUGUCCCAGCCGUCGCCAGCUACGGAGUUCAUGCCCCACUUGUUGCCAGCUACGGUGUCAGCCACGCUGUCCCAGCUUAUGGCUACGGUCUCGGCCACGGUCUCGGCUACGGUCUCGGCGGCUACCACUACGGGGCAUACCCAUACGGAGGUUACUACCUCAAGAAAUAGAGUGUACGACAAUAACGAUCAGGACCAAGGGACGACCACGGAUUUAUGACGACGGACGCUUGAUUUCUCCUAAUCUUAUCUCUUCCAAUAAAUGUGUUGACCACCUUUUCA